AUGGAAACCGCCGACGAUAAAAUGAAGCCCGUUGAAGACAAAGCGGAGCCCGUCGAGGACAGCCUCGAAUCCGUCGACGACGACCUCGAGCCCGUCGACGACGACUUCGAACCCUACACCGUCUCUGAGACCCCGUGGGGGUCCACGAUCACGCGCAUCGACAGCAAUGUGGUGAUGAAGACCAGCCCGCGCUGCCAUCGCGGCGAAUUUGCCGCGAUGAGAUACGUUGCCGAGCAUGCACCCUCGGUGCCCAUCCCCACUGCACACUUUGCUCAAUGGGACCUCCCAGGCGGACAAGGCCGAAUCAUAAUGGACUAUGUGCCUGGCAAGACGCUUCACGCCGUCUGGCCAACCCUACCACCCGACCGCAAGGAACGUGUAUGCAGGGACACCUGGAAGAUCAUUCAAACACUCCGGACGAUCCCACGGCCAGAAGGGCUGCCCAGUCUCUACACUACUGUCGACGGGUCGGAGCUGUACCAGCCCCCCUUCACAGGCUAUUCCAACGAGGCAGUACCACUCAUUGAGACUGAUGAGGACUUCCGGCAGGUCAUACUCCGGAAUUACGUUGAGCAUAACGGGCUCUCCUAUGCCGAUGGCCAGGAGGUGCUGGACAAGUUUCCACGUAGCACGGCCUCUGUCUUCACCCACGGGGACAUCAAGCCGAAGAAUAUCAUCGUGGACGAAGAGGGAAUUAUUCUAACCCUGCUGGACUGGGAGAUGGCGGGGUUCUUGCCUGACUAUUGGGAGAGCGUGGGCAUGUUCUCGCGUGUUCUUGAGGACCAGGUGGAGUGGGCGGAGGUCAUGCAGAGGACACGGCCCCCUAACUGGGGUUUUGAUGUCACCUGGGUGACGAAGGCAAGGCGGGUUCUACUCUGA